AUGGGAAAACGGAAGCUUGAUAGCUGGAAUCGUCUACUCUUGACUGUGGAAAUCUUCAAGAGUUCAAGAAGGCUUCUCUGCAUUUCCGAGAUUCUGUGGAAGAUGUCUUACUCAUCUGAAGACGAAACAGACAUAAGUGAAUCUGAGUUAGACGAGUUUGUGGAUAGAUGCUAUGAACAAUUGAAGAAUGCCCCUAAAAAGGUUCAGUAUUCAGAUGAAUUAUACAGGUGCCCUUACUGCCCGGGAAAGAAGAAGCUGGUCUAUCCUUUUAAGGACCUUUUUCAACAUGCCUCUGAUGUUGGCAGUCGCUCAAUGAACAGAGAAAUCAAAGACAAGGGGAAGCAUUUAGGACUUGUGAAGUACUUGAAAAAAGAUAUUGGUGGGGAAGAUAUAUCGUCAGAAUUUGCUGGAUUAUCUAUUGAGCUUCCCACAGACGGUGCUGUAAAUGACUUGUUUGUAUGGCCUUGGAUGGGAAUUCUGGCCAAUGUUGAUGUUGAGUGCAGGGAUGGGGUUUAUCUAGAUGUAAGUAGUUCAAGGCUUAGGAAUGAUCUGGCUAAGAAAGGGUUUAAUCCAGUACGGGUUCGAUUACUGAGGGAAAAGAAUCAGUGUAGAUAUGCCAUAGUGGAAUUUAAGAAAGAUUGGUCUGGAUUCUAUAACGCGAUGAUGUUUGAGAAGAACUUUGAAGAUGAUCAUCAUGGGAAGAAGGAAUUUAACAUUGCGCCAUAUUUGGAUGAUAAUAAGUUGUAUGGUUGGGUUGCCCGGGAUGAGGACUUCAAUUCCGAGGAUGUAUUUGGUGAAUUUCUACAAAAGAAUGGGGACGUGAUGACUGUUGCUGAUGUAGAAUCACGAGAAAUCCGGAAAACUGGACAACUCAUCUCCAAUUUGACUAACACCAUUGAUGUUUUGAAUGCCCGUCUUGAUGCGAUUGAAACCUCACAUCCAAACGGCCAUGUCAAUAUAGGAUGUCAGAAAGCUGAAUGCUCUGAUCUUUUGGCAAAGGAUGAAGACUCUGGAGAGCUGAAGAAACUGUAG